GAGGAAAGCUGGAGUUCCCGGAGAAAACCCACUGACCAACGGCCAGUACCUGGCGACUGCCCCACAUAGGUCUUGAACCUGUGACCCAGUCAGAUUGAUAGACUGACCUUACAAGAAAAACUGACCAGAGGAGUCGACUGAACCAACAAUAUGUUGUUCACACAGAGUUCUCAGUUCUGUUUCAUCUGUCUCACGUUACACACCCUCACCUGUCUCCCGACUAUCGGCCACGCUAACAAAAGUCCAAACCUCUCUGCCUCACAACCUACCAUUUCUUCUGAAACACAUCAACAUGGGAUGCCUAAUGAUACCUCUUCAGAUCACAAUCAUCACGACCAUGAGGAAACGUCUAAAGAGACCAACCUCAAAGAUGAGUUAUUAAAUGCGCAAAACCUUUAUGUGACAGAUUUGAUUGAUAGAUUUGGUAGUGAUGGUGUAUUAAACUAUGACAGUGUUAUACAUAUGUUGGAGAGCCUGGGGAUAAAUCUUAAAGUACCAGCAAACCACUCCCAUACUGAACACUCUCAUCAAAUAACUGAUAGUCAUGCCAGCCAUAGUCAUGAUGCAGAUCAUUCAGAGCAUAUUCAUGACUCAGAUCACGAAAAACAUAAUCCAGAAACAGACCACGAAGAUCAUCAUCAUGAUGGCUCGGAUCAUGAAAAUAAUGAUCAUGACUCGGAUCAUGAAAAUCAUGAUCAUGACUCGGAUCAUAAAAAUCAUAAUCAUGACUCGGAUCAUGAAAAUCAUGAUGAUCAUCACCAUACACAUUCUAAUAAUACAAGUGUAGGUAGCCAUAAACUUUCAAAUAACUCUGAUCAUGAUGUACGUAGACGUCGCUCAAGCAGUCUUGUGGGGAGGCAAAAAAGGAAGAUACAAAAUGAAUCGGAGGACUCUCACAAUCACUUAGAGGGAGGUGUUGAAUCUCAGGCAAAUAAUGAAAAGUGUGAUGACCUGAUCAGCCGGUUUCACAUUCACCGGGAUGAGACAGUGACAACUAACCGGUUACUACAGAUGUGUCCAGGGAUACUGUGCACACUCUCUCGGGCCGAGUGUAGGAAAAAGGUCACUGACCAUCAAGCCCACUCAGUCAAACAGGCUAUCAAUAUCGCUUUCAAAGAUAUACCAGCAGAAGUGUGGGGAUAUUCAACCAUUGCUGUUGUGGUCAUCAGUUUGGUUGGGCUUCUUGGUGUAGCCGUUGUCCCUAUCAUGCAGAAAGUCUUUUACAACCACCUGCUCCUGUUCCUAGUGGCUCUGGCUGUGGGGGCCCUAGCAGGGGAUGCCUUAUUACAUCUCCUACCACAUGCACUGCAGGGUGGUCAUGACCUCAGUAGUCAUGGUAACAGUGAGGCAGAUGACAGCCACAAGACAGCUGUCCUGAAGGGUCUGUGCGGAAUGGGUGCUAUUUUCCUCUUCUUCACCAUGGAGAGGGUGCUGUCUAUUGUCACAGACCUCAAACGCAAGCACAAGAAGAAAGGGUCUGUGUUUGUGAAGGAGUCCGGAGAUUUAGCUGAUGACAAUACAAGCAUUCCACUGACAGAGUGUGGUGCCAUGCAUGUCACUGACCCUGACUGUAAGGAGCAGAUCAUGGGCAUCCAUCCAGGACAAAAAGCCCUCACCAACUUCGCAGAGUCAUCCCAUAAGAAUUGUUCACGUGACCAUGUGGACCACGAUGACAAGGACAAACAGUUUGACAUGGUUGAUCAGGAGAACCCCAGUUCCGUGCUCAGCCAUUCCCAUCAUCAUCAUGGACACUCCCAUAUACUCCCAACUUCUGUGGCGUCCAUUGCAUCGAUGGUCAUUCUUGGAGAUGGAAUCCACAACUUCUGUGACGGGUUGGCGAUUGGCGCAGCCUUCUCAAACUCCAUAACUGGUGGCUUCAGUACAUCUGUGGCCGUUUUCUGCCAUGAGCUACCUCAUGAAAUUGGUGAUUUUGCUGUGUUGCUGAGGGCAGGAAUGACGGUGAAACAGGCGGUCAUGUAUAACUGUGUGUCCUCCAUCCUCGCAUUGGUUGGCAUGAUAAUUGGUGUUGCUGUAGGAAAUUUCGGGGACUCCAUUACCUGGGUGUUCGUGUCGGUGGCGGGCAUGUUCCUGUACAUAGCACUCGUUGAUAUGUUGCCCGAGUUAACCGCAGUGGACACGCGUCAAGGUGAACAUCCAUUUUCCCACCUUCUCAUCCAGUUAAGUGGCAUGAUCCUAGGGACAACCAUUAUGCUCAUCAUCGCUCUGUAUGAAAAAAACUUGAUGAACAUCUUGGAACCAGUGUAAUUUCUGAAGCAGCUAGCACAACGAUCGUGGAAAACAAUGUGACCAAGUGAGGAACUGUUCUGGAUCUGGUAUAACUGGGAAACAGCCAGCACAGGGAUCAUGAAACAUCAAAGAAAAAGUCAAGAUCUUUCAUCUUACACAUUCCUACUAAAAUAUUAUACAUAUUGAUACCUUGUGUCAAAGGUUUGCAGUCAGCAACAUCUAAAUGCAAACAAAAUCUGAAAUCUGUUUAUAAUGUUUGUCAAGGGAGAUAACCUUAGUUAUAAAACCGUUUGAUAGGUGAAAUGAUCAACAUUGAAUUAACAUGUUACUUCUAAACCCUAUAAUCGGAUGAUGUCCUUUUGAUCUUUGUUUCAUGUAAAGAUUUUUUAUUUUAAUCUCAGUUCAAUAUUUUUUCCAUGAUCCGUCGACUAAAUUGCAUUCUGUUUGGAGCAACUCCUCAAAAUAACUGAAUAAAAAUGAAAAUAGGAAUACUUGUAAAUACAAGUUUGAGCAACUGUUCAAAAGACAUUGAUCAAUUAGGCGUAUUUAUCUCUUUGCAUUUACCUUAAAUAAUAUUUUGCUUGCUUUAAGGAGACAUCCUUAAAUAUCCGAAAUUUGUUUAUUAGUUUCAGCAACAUUUGUUUGUAGCAUUGGUAAUGCGUUAAUAUUUUAGAUAUUCAAGGGCCAUCAUCCAAAGAAAGCCCUUCCAGAAUAUGAUUUUAGCUUUAUUUUGAAAUAUUACUCUAGGGCUGAUGUGUGUGUUUUGAAUGUAUGCCGAAAACAUUACCCAACAUGUUACAUGACUAACCUGCAUGUAAUCUCAUAUUGAAUACUGUAUGUUGACAUUUGAAUAUAUGUAGCUAUAUCUAUACAAACUGCAUAUUUUUGUUCCAUAAAACAUGAUGAUCUCAUUCUGAGAACCAAUGUAAAUCAAGAAAGAUAUAGAUGUAUACAUUAGGUAGUUCAUUUGGUAUGUUGUAUAGGCACAAAUGCAAAUUUUGAAAUUCUAGCUUUCACUGCCCACUGUACAUAAGUCAGUAUGUCACUACUAGAUGGUAGAUAUACUCUAAACGAACUUUAAUCUUUCAGGCAAAAACUUCCAAUCAUAAAAUUACCUGGUACAUAAAAUGUGUUCAGAUUUCCAAACAAUGAAUAUCUUCAAAAAAUUACCACAAUAUUAAACACAAUUGUUUUCCAACUGUCUUUUAUGUAAUCCUAAAAUGUAUUUGCAUUUUUACUUCAUAAUAAUUUUUAGAAGAAAAAUAGGGAAAUGAUUUAGAAAUCAAUAAAAUAGCAAUAUACUUUGCAUUUAAGAACACAUGUACCCGUUUAAGAUUAGAAAUAAACAGUGUUUGAUCUGCAAUGAUGUAAAAUCCAGUAACACUAACAGGUCAUUUUAUCAAAAUAUAGGGAAAUAUUAAAGAAAUGGUCUAAUUGGAAAGAAAUAUGUAGAGGCUAUUCCACACAUAAAAAAACUUUGGGAGCAUUUAUAAUUGAUGGUGGGUUUGAAACAAUUAUUGUAUAAAUAGAGAUACAUUAGGUAGAAAAUGUUGAGGUCUUUCAGUUGACUUUCCCAUUUAGCAUUUUAAGUUGUCAACCUUUUUUCUUUAAGUUAGACAAUCAAGAUACAUGUCAAAUAGACACGAUCUUUCAGCCUAGGAGUCCAAGCUAAUUUGUUGGGUCAAAGCCAUACUCCAAAUGGCCUACUGAAAGACCUGAAAAUUGAUGUUUUAUUGUGUAAAACAGGAUAUCUCUAUGUGUAAGUAAGGUUAAGUUUGUCUUAUUUUGUAAAUAUGAAUAUUCUAUGUCUUGUUAUGUAAAAUAGAGGAUCUUAUAUUAAUUUCCAUCUCACAGAGUUUUAUGACAAAAGUCAAGAAUUUGUGAUGAUCAAGUAAGAUUUUGUCCGUAACAUACCAAAGAUAUAUUGCAGAAUAUUUGUGAAAUAUUUACCCAGCCAAACUUGAAAUCGUAAAUUUGAUAUAAAUUUGCCUUAAAGAUUUUUUCAUUGUGUGACAUUGCAAUGCAGUUGAAGUCUGUGAUGGUUUGAAGUUGUGAUGUCACAAUUGAAACAAGGGGAGCAUACAGUCAUUCACAGCUCUGCUAGGUGUUAAAAAAUGUAUUCAUAACAUAUUGGAUGUAAUGGGUAUUAUACAUUGAUAACAGGGAAGCUAUGUGCUGUAUUGAGGAUAUAUCUGUUAGAUUAGAUUAUUAACGUUUAAAUCUUAUUUUGUAAAAUUAUUAAUGAGGAUAUCUGACUAGUGUGUAGUUAAAAGUUUUAUGAUAUUUUGUACAUCAGCAUGGUCUCUGAUAUGCUUAAAGUUUGAUUUGGUUAAGAAAAUUGCUUAUAGCACAUUGUAUAUAUAUACAACCUGUUUUGCUCUUGCCAUUUUAUGUCAUUCUUAUAUUUGAAUAUAUAUUACGGAGGUGGGUAUUAAGUUGCGUACUCAUACACUCAGAAGCUUUAAGUCAAACAAGCGUUUAAUAUUUGUUUUUUAUAGUUCAGAAAAGGUUAUUAAUAGUGAAGCUUGGUACAGAUUUUUCAUGGUAUUAUAAAGAAGGUACUGGUAUGCUUUAUAUUUUUUUCACUUUAGGCAAAAAUAGGUAUAAUAAAACAGAAUGCAGGGGGACAAAUGACUUCCUGUUAUAAACUUGGAGUUAUGAGCUGUAAUUCUUUUGUUCCCACACACUUCUUCAUUUUACGAAGGAAUAACA